CCUCCCUUUGACCCUUCUCGCCGCGGUGGAAGACCGCCCAUGCCAAACUACCGUGGUGGAAUGAGCCAUUCUGGUCCCUCUCCGGGCCUCGGUGGACCCGUGCUGUACCUAGGAAACAUGCCCCCUGGUACAACUCCUGAACAAGUAUUCGAGCUUCUUUCCGGUUAUCGCUUUGACCGUAACUCCGUCCGAAUGAAGCGGGCUCCAAACGGACAGCUUACAGGCGAUGCCAUGGUUGCUUUCGAUACACCACAGGAAACGGAUCGGGUACUUCGCGAACUUGGUGGCCGGACGCGUUUUCAGGGUCGGAUGCUCAUUAGUGGCGAGGCUCUUGUUGCAUGUCUAGCCUUCAUGGCCGCCUUCACGCAUUUGAGCAAGACGCUGACAUUCAAAGUGUGA